CGUGUUUUCCAGCCUGCCUCUGUCUCGUCCCACUCGCACACUCUGUCAGAGCGCGGCGUUGACAGCUACUGGCCACUGAACAGCCCACUUUGUCGGGGUUUGUGUCUCCACGCAAGACUGCUGAAAAAGACGCUCCUGCUCUCGCAUUGUCUUUUUAUUCGCAAGGCAAGCACACGCGACAAAACAACAAGCCCGCCCACGGCAACAGAAGCACAAGAAGUAUAUAAAAAGAGAAAAAAAGCUUUUAAGUCAUUUUCUAGACUCAUCACUGUCUUUCAUCUCCCUGCACAAUGUCUGGAGAAGACGCACCUGCCGAGCAGCAAAACGCCGUGGACCAGAAGCAGGAGACCAAACCCGCUGAGGAGCCCAAAGCGGAGCCGCCCAAGACGGAGCCGGCACCCGCGGCCGCCGCCGAGGCAACUGCUACCCCCGCGGUGACCACCGAGAAGGUCCCCGAGGAGGAGACGUUCACCUACCGCGCUCUGGUGCUCACCGGCUACGGGGGCUAUGAUAAAGUCAAGCUGCAGGUGAAGAAGGGCAAGCCUGCGCUCAAGGCUGGCGAGGUCCUGGUGCGGGUCAAGGCUUGCGGGCUGAACUUCGCAGACCUGAUGGCUCGGCAGGGGCUGUACGACCGGCUGCCAUCCCCGCCGGUCACCCCGGGAAUGGAGUGUUCUGGGGUGGUGGAGGCUGUAGGGGAAGAAGUGACGGACAGACAAGUCGGCGAUAAGGUGAUGGUGCUGAACCGCUUUGGGCUGUGGCAGGAGGUGGCGGCGGUGCCGGCAACCCACACCUUCCUCAUCCCAGAGGGCAUGAGCUUCGAGGAGGCAGCAGCCCUCCCUGUGAACUACAUCACUGCCUACAUGAUGCUGUUUGAUUUCGGCAAUCUGCGGCCCAACCAGAGCGUCCUCAUUCAUGCUGCUGCAGGUGGUGUGGGUAUUGCAGCCACUCAGCUGUGCAACACGGUGAAGGACGUGACUGUGUUCGGCACGGCGUCCGCCAGCAAGCACGAGACCAUCAGCCAGGGUGGAGUCACGCAUCCCAUCGACUAUCGCACCAAGGACUAUGUGGAGGAAGUACGCAAGAUCAGCCCGAAAGGGAUGGACAUAAUACUGGACCCUCUCGGAGGAUCAGACACCCAUAAGGCCUACAACCUGCUGAAGCCAAUGGGCAAACUCAUCACCUAUGGUACAUCUAACAUGCUAGCCGGCCAGAAGAAGAACCUGCUCGCUGUGGCCAAGAACUGGUACCAUCAGUUCUCCAUCCACACGCUCAGCCUGAUCCAGGGGAACAAGUCAGUGUGCGGUUUCCACCUGGGCUACCUGGACGGGGAGAUGGAGCUCAUCACCCAGGCCAUGAACAUCAUCCUGGAUCUCUACAAGCAGGGCAAGGUCAAGCCCCGCAUCGACUCCACUUGGCACCUUGAGCAGGUGGGCGAUGCCAUGAGAAAGAUGCAAGAGAGGAACAACAUCGGCAAAGUGAUCCUCACCACAGAGCCGAUGCCCGAGGAGGAGAAGAAGGAGGAGCCCAAGAAGGAGGACAAGAAAGAGGACAAGAAGAAGGAUGACAAGAAGAAGGAUGACAAGAAGAAGGACGAUGGCAAGAAGGAGGAGAAGAAGGAUGACAAGAAGAAAGAGGAGCCCAAGAAGGAGGAGAAGAAGGAGGAGGAGAAGAAGGAAGAGCCAAUCAAGGAGGAGAAGUGAGAGGGAGGGACGGAUAGUCAAGCAGACCGGCAGGGAGUUUGUGUCCUGGGAGCAGGGGGUGGGGUGGGGUGGGGUGGGGUGGAGUGGGGUGGGGGGAGGAUAGAGAUGGAUGGGGUGGGAGGUUGGGGGUUGGAGUGUAAGCAAGGAUUGGAAGGAGUUAGAAGGGUAGAUUACAAAAUGAUCACACCACUGUCGAUCGAUCAUCUCUUCCACCUCCCCUCCGCCUCACCCUCGAGAAUCCACAAUAGCAGUAAUUACUCAGGCCUGGCUCCACCCAUCCCCCUCCCAUCCCUUUCUUUUGCCUUUAUCUCUAUAAAAAAUAAAAAGGUCCAAUCAUUAGUAACCCUUGGUAAAAGCCAAACGUAUCUGUGCCUCACAAGAUUGAGAAAAAAACGCAGCAAACACUCAAAUAAUUUUUACUAUUGGGAAUGUCGGCACAAGCCGUGGAGGAUUGUGGGUAUGGUCCAGGCUUGGGGCAAAUUACUGUUUCCUUGACAACCCUGCUCGCACUCUGGCCCCCCCCCCCCCCCCCCCCCCCCUCAUGCCCCUCCACACCUCAACUCCCACUGUGCUAAAUUGUUCUGCUCUGACUUCCACCUGCCACCUCCUCUUCCCCCCCUCACUGUGCUGAGUCCCCCCCGUCCCUCCCCCCUCUCUACACCUCCAACACCACCACCACCGCCCCCCUCCCCCCCCUCACACCCAACCCAUUCACGGGUCGGACCCACAGACAGGCACUAAGACGGGCAGAUAAACGGAGAACCACACCCACCCACACGUUGCUCUCAGUGUCCAAUGCUUAGUUAUGUCACAGAGGAUGAGUCAGAGAUGCCUGCGAUUGGCUGAUGCACCCCAGCUUUGCUCAGACAAUGGUGGUAAUGCUAGAAGCCCUAACAUCUGUUAUCAUAUGGCCUUCGCGGCGAUAUAUAUUGUAUCAGUCUCUAUCAGUAGAGAGGAGACGGCUCCAAAACUCAUGCGUUCCCACCAAAUUUCAGUGAAGUUAUUAUAGUGGCUGCAGUUUUGCACAUGCCUGAAUAUGAAUUGCCCUCAUAAUGAGCCUUUCUGUGCAGUGCUGAAUAGGGAGGCAGAAAUCAUUGCUCAGCUUCCCUCUCCUUAGAUACAGAUUUUUCUAGCUGACCAACUGUUGGCAAGAAGUGCGCAGUGCCAAUUAAGAGAGAAUUUGUUUCUGCUCAAACAAGCCACAAAUACACACUCGUACACACUCUGAAUGUGAUGAAAGAGACACUGUCAUGCUGAGACAGUGAAGCGUCUGAAAUGAGCCAGUUAAAAAGGCCAAUAUCGGCCCUUUCUCCCUCAGCAUCAGGCUUUCUUCCUCCCUGAUCCUCCUCGAGGCAUUCCAUGGCAUUCUGCUCCUUUCACAGCGAUCGUUCGCCUGUCGAUCACCCUGACCUGAGAGAGGAGAAUUCAAUUCAAGCUGGCCUCCAUAUUUCGCCUCCCUUGCUUGUCUCUACUCAACUCUCUCUCUCUCUCUCUCUCUCUCUCUCUCUCUCUCUCCCUCCUCUUUCCAUUUCCCUCUCUGUGGUCGGCAUAGCAACAGGCGUCAGGCUCGUCAGAGAAGGCUCUGUGGUCUGUUUCUCCGACUCCCUCUCCCUCUGUUUCUCUAUUCAGCCUGUCCACACGAGCAGUAUUACAACAGGUGUGAAUUACAUUAAUGAUUUUAAAUGAUAAACUGAAGAGACGGAACUGUUUUUUUAAGGUUGUUAGUUUUGCACUCACGAGCAGUUUGUUCACACCGGUGAAAUUGAAAUCAAGUACUGACAAUGUGUGCUGGCAGAAACAGCGCACCGCUCCCCCUAAUGGCCAGUGUGAAUCUUGUCUCACUGGUGUAAUGUAAUUGAAGUAAAUCCUAAGCAUUCAUAAUAAAUCCCACUGGGUGGACACUAAACCUUAAUGUAGGAGGAUAUCUUUAAACCUCAUAUCUCUACCUGCCUGCCUGCCCGUCUGUCUGUGAGCCCGGCCUCAGUGCUGAGACUCAGAUGGGGACUAGUGACUUUGUAAAAAAAACACAAAACAAAACGUUUGAAAAAAAAAAAAAAAAAAGAAAGACAAAAGUUGUUGUGUUAGCAUGAGUGGCCUCCCUCAUGUGCCGUGUGUGGUGUGCCAUUGUGUGUGAAGAUGUGUGUGUCCUCAGGUCUUUUGUCAGGUUUUAAAAGCACCCUCUCCCUACCCCUGCCACAUUUCCCCCUCACACUACUCUGCUACAGUAUUAUGUAGCUCCAACUGCAACCCUCCCUUCUUACUCUAUCUCUCUCCCCUCCUGUCUGAUAAGAGGCCUGUGUUAUGAGGACAGUUGGUAUUAGUAUUUUGCACUCUGCUCGCUGAUCUUAAUGCACUUACAGGCAUGGCAGUCGCACUCCAGUCCCACGCAGGCUUUGAUUCGGCUCCAGUUUUGCUGCCUGUUUGCCAUCAUCCACUCCCAGUGUAUCUGCUGAAGCUCACCGAAAGCACAGGUGGCACACACACACGCACACACACACACACACACACACACACACGCAUGAAAAAGGUCCCCCUAUUUUCAGCUUGACAGUUCCUGCCCAGGCCACUUCUCCUGGGUGGCAGCUGAAAUCAAAGCACUCAUCCAUCCUUGACCGUGGGGAGUAAAAUGUUUAGCAGGGCGGAGUGAACUGGGCUGGAGUGCGUUGGCCACGCUGGUGUGGGGAGUGUCCUGUCAGCCUCUGGUUAGUGUUCUGUUCUAAUCUGCUGGGCUCCCUUUGUGAACCUGUGGACGGUGCCAUGUGAGAAACAAACGCUUCGGUUAAAAAAAAAAAAAUAAUGAUGUUUUACUUAAUAUGUUAUUUUAAUUUACCUUUAUAUUUCUGUUUGUUUGUCUGUUUUGUUAUCCAAGGGUUUAAAGUUCAAAGCUCAUACUCUUAUGUGGGGACCUGCCAACCUGCACUCCUUUUAAAUGUGAUGAAGUCUUUCUGUUGGUCCGAACCAUGUGUGCCAAAUUGUAUGUAUAUUCUUCUGUCAAUGCUUUGAAUAUUAACUGCAUAAAAAAUAUGAAGACAAUUCUGUUUUUGGAUGCAUUUCCGUCAACCUUGAAGAAAAGUGAAAAUACAAGAGUCGUCACAGUGUGUCAGAUUUCUAUCCCAAAUGCUCAUGGGUGCUGACAGAUUUUUUUGCUGCCGUUUACAAAAGGUUAAACACAAUUUGUCGUUUUUGAUUGGUUGCAGUCGUGCUAUAGCAUAGGCCUGCACUGUGCCUCUCUCCCUGCACAGUUUACCUCAAUCCGAGGCCCCUCCCUCCGUAUUUAUAUCCUUUUCACUGUGUUUUACCAGCUCUCGCGCCAUGUCGACCACAACAGGUUGAAGUGUUUACAACCAUAAUAUUAGUAUCACAGUGAAAAGGGACUGGAUAUGGUGCAUUUAAGGUUCAAAACUACACCAAAACACAGAGAUUCACUGAAAUCUGCAAAUUUCCUCCAAAUCCAAAGCUCCAUGGUAUUCCUCUCUAUGGAUUUCUAUUCCUUUCCGUUUGUUUCCAAAUGGCUUGUGUAGCAAGUGAGGAAGCAGAUGUUUUCACACAGCUGUACAGGGACGCCAAUACUGCAACACAGCUGCACAAAACCCCAGCUUAUUGGCUGAUAAUAGCUCAGCUUUUGCCUGCCCCAGACACAACAUUUCCGCUUUACAGCUGAUCCCAGUUCGCUCAAGGAAUAUUAGAGACGUUCCUCUUUUCCUGUGGCCGGUGCAACAUGCGCAGGCCAAAAAUUCCUCACCAGAUCGCCCCCUUCUUUCUCCAUACAUAAUCAUAACAAGUAUAACAUCAGUUUGACAUCUGGAAUUUGAAAUUGCAUGCAUUCAUCGGCAUGUGGAAAACCUAUUGUAAUCUCUGUCUUUCUUUCAACAUUUUCCCCUUGGUUCUUUCGAGCUAAGCUGCCUUUGAGAUGGACUCUAUCAGCUGGGCGGGUGGCGGCUGCCUGAGAGCACUUCCGCCAUGGUGAAGCUGCAGUGUAAUGUCAUCUUGAAAUGGUUUCACCGUCAUUCCAGACACUUAUGCAAAAGUACUUGGCAACUCAGAGAUGCACAGGAGAAAAAAAACUGUUUCAAAGAUAAAAUAAACAAAGUGAUACUUUUCUGAACAUUUGCCGUUUUAGUUAUGAAUUAACACUCGUAGUUUUAGGUUUGAAAAACACGCUAAGACAAUGAGCGUAGUAUUUCCAAUAGCUUCUCUUCCGUCUGUCUUGGCUUGUAUAGCUGAAGUCCGUUACAGGCGCCCACCGUUCAGCUUUGAGGUGAAUUUCUUUCGGUUUUGAUAUGGUUUCUCAGGUCAUUCCAAACAGCAGGUUUCUUCACGUAAGAAGCUACUUAAUUUUGCAUUCACUAACACACAAACAACGUCAUCCAGUUUCUCUGAGUUCACUGCACAAACUGUCACACCAUCCAUGUUCUAUGUGAGCUUUAGUACUCCCAGUCAAAUGGUGAGGCUCUGACAGUGGGUUAUUUCCAACUUCAGAGCCGCUGUGUUCACUCAUCCACAAACUCAGAACCCAAACAACCACAUCUGCCUGCAGCUAUUGUUUCCUUAGCAGCCAUUUUUACAUCACAGCAACAUUGCAGAGAAGCAACGGAAGUACAACCUGGCAGGGCUUGUCAUGUACAGUACUAGGAUGCAUGUUUAGUCGACCAGAAGAUAAGGCAUGUGUCCCUGUGCCACCUGACUUCCUGUCCUCACCCUUCCGAAUGGGCACUUUCAUGGCCAGCUGGUUCAUUCAUGAUCCACCUCAACAUAUCUCUGGGAACGUUUCAGGAUCUCACUUCACAUCUGUCCCACUACACACACCUGUUAGCAUUCAGUCACCACUGCUAAUUCUCUGCAAGGCAUACCCAACAGGUUGAUUUCCAAGUUAGUUCUCCUCUCUCUGUCCUUCCUCGUGUUGGUGGGGUUUUUUUCCUGGUUGCAAACACUCUUCUCGUCUCCACUUUGUUUUUUAAACCCUUUGAAUUGAUGCUGCUUCUGUGCUUGACUCUGGGUUUACUGCGUGGUGCCAUGUUGUCCACAUGGCCUCUAGAGCUUGUAACGCUUCAGUGUGUAAUGUUACCAUAUGCCUUACAUGUUUUCCAGGACUAAUAAAAAAAGCAUAACAAAACGU